AUGGCUCCCGAAUCCAACAACCACGAGUUCCCCUACUCACUAACAAUCUCCCUCCCCCUCCCAACAAAUCGCCUCGCCUCCUCCGCCUUGCGCACCCUAGAAGUUGACUCAGAACUGUCCCCCUUCGUGCGGCGCACACUAAGUCUCGAAUCUCCAACCUCCGAAGCUCCCUCGGAGCCCAAAGAAAAGAAACAAAAGCAAGAUCACGAUGAAUCAAAGAGCGUGUUGAAGACUACAUACUACGCGACGACCAAUCGCAUGCUACGCGUUGCUGUGAAUGGGUUUAUGGAGAGUCUGGGUGUUAUACUUGGGGUUAUGGCUGAAUUGGAUGUUGAUGUUCUGAAGGCUGAGAUGGAGGGUUGA